AUGAAAAAAAAAUUAGUACUUCGACGAAAGAAAAUUUUUAAGAAGAAAUUAAUAAAUGUACCGAAGAAAUCUAUUUAUUAUGAACGACAUUCUUUUUUACGUAAUUUACCAAUUUUAAUACUUGAUCAUAUAGGUUUAUAUUUAAGAGGUGCCGAUGCUUUAUCAUAUGCUGAAUGUGUUACAAAUAUUGCCUUAUCUUGCGAAACAAAAUUUUGGCAAUCUCUUGGAACUUACAAGCAUGCGAAAUACUCAAUAUCGUCUUUUAUACCAAGAGAAUAUUUUUAUUCAAUGUCACCUGAUUAUUUCAUACAAAAGUCAUCUGAUCGUCGAUAUGCUCGAUUUUAUUAUCAUGCUUUCUUGCCAUCAACUUUAGACAAGAUGACGAUACAUUGCAAGACACAUUCUUUUCGGGCAUUCGUACGACUUCAUUCAUACUCAACACAUUUCAAUGCUCACCUGUUACCCGUUUUUUCUUUUUUUGAUCUUUCAUUUAUGUACGAAUAUAGAUCGUUAAAUGUGUUAGAAGAUAAAUUAUUUCGUAUAUUACGGAUUGGUUCUUUUGGUGAAGAUUCUAUUAUUAUCGAAAACAUUUAUCAUUUUGAAAUGAAUUUAAAUAAAAGAUUUUGUUUUCAUUUAAUAAGAAAGUGGAUUAACUUUUCGUGCUUUGUAUUAGCCGGUGGUGCUGUUUUAAAUUCAUUAUUAAUUAAUCCUUUUGAUUCUAUGAAUCAAGAUCUUGAUUUUUUCUGGAUUGGUGAUUCGUGGCUAGAUUUUGUUUCUCAAGUUGACAGAUUUCAGAGAAGAUGUCAAGCUUAUAUUAUUGAAGAAAAAAAUUUCUAUGGGAAGGUGUCCGAAUUUGUUUUAUCCUUUGAGCAUCAUCAAAAAAUCCGGUUGCAAUUCAUUUUUGGUCGUCCGAAUUGUAAUAUUUCAUUUGUAUUGAAUACUUUCGAUAUUGAUGUUGUUCAAGUUGGAUACAACGGAUUAAAAUUAAUAUCAACUCUUGGAUUUUAUCAAGCAAUUGCUACACGUAGUUUCAUUUGUUAUAAGUUAACGCAAAAUAUUUACGAUGUGAACCUUUACAUUGACCGUUGUUUCAAGUACCAUUUACGUGGCUUUACAUGGCUUUGUCCUAUGGAUUUCGACGAUUGCAUAGCACAGAAGCCUGUAGUAUCCGCAUCAAAGAUAAUUGAUUAUGGUUUUAAUGACUUCUACUUUAAUGUAGAUUCAUUUGAAAUUCAAAAGCGUUUUCUUGACUUGUAUUCGUUUAUUAAUGAUAAAUAA